GAGAAGGACACAUGAUGAGUGAGUAGCACGUCAGUCCUACGACCUGCGGACCCUAAGAGCAGAAGCUAAGCCUGGCUGGCAUGCACGCCUCACCCAGCAAGGGCAUCGUGUGAAGGAGACUGGCAAGAGGCUGCAUCCAUCCCACCUGCACACCUCAAACACCAACUCUUGGACCUCCGUAGCACAUGUGAGUGGGAUGGCAGAAGCCUCCAAGACAGCACUCUCCUAGGAAGACAGCCCAGUUCAGGCACCGGGGGGUACUGGGACCAGCCUUGAAAAUGAAGGUGUUUUGGGAAUUGUCCCAUUUGUGGGAGUGGCAGAUGCCAGGACUAUCUGAACCGGUGCCAAGAGACUGAGGCUGAUAGAGAACAGCAGGGAGAAAGGGGCGCUGGAGGAUGGGGGUUCUGGGGCUCCACAUGGAAACAGCUUAAGGUGACAAGAGCCAAAACAAACUGGUUUGGGACACACAAGCCCUGCCAACAGCAUCCCAACACAGGAACCCUGAGCAGGCAGCCAGAAGGGAGGUCUGUGGGGCAGGGAUGCUUGGCUGAGUACCUCACUGGCUGUCCCACCAGCUCCUACAUAUGCCUUGCCUUUUCCGACUCCAUCCAGCUGGGAAACCAGGUGGGUUCCAGCCCUGAAAACACACAGCACUGUCCUUGGCUGAUGCCUUUGCACUCACCGGAGACCAGAGGUGCUCACCCUCACAUGGGGGGGGGUCUUCUGGGUCUCCCUAGCAACCCUCUGGGGCUGCACCUGGACGUCUGGACAAUGCCAAUUGCCCAAAUGGGACCCAAGAGCUCACAUAUUACUUCAACGCUAUCGAAGGACUUGGGCUCUUUAGUAAGUCACAGGCUUAAAAAACUCAGGAUGCUAUUCUAGUGCUUCCUCUGCUUAAAAAUAGCUUCCCUGGACUUGCUGAUGUUUGUUGCCUCUAAUAGGAACCGGUCACCCACGGAGCACAGCAGCACUGUGGAACACAUCCACCAUGCAAACCCUUGUGAGACUGGGCUUGCACCCACAAGAUGUGCCCUGGGGACGUGAAGCAACUCUGGAUCCUGUUCUGCCCAACAUUACAGUGAGCUCCCCUUGCCCAGGGUGAGGAUCUGAACCCUCCCGCAGUCAUGCCAAAGCCUCGGAGGCGCCCUGGAACGACAAGCUGCACGGGCCAGCAGUGGCCAUGGAAAGAAGUGGUUUUUAAUCCAUUUCCAAGUGUUGUCAUCUGGCUUUAAAUCAAGGCGGCUUGAUGCUGCCACCUCCCACAAGUAUCUCCAGGCCAGGCAGCAACCAUAACCUCACCACGUGUCUCCCACCCUCCUUCUGGCAGCGCAGGGCCUGGGGCCACAGCUCCCAUCGACUCCGAGGGGCGAUGGGCAGAGCGGGGAGCGUGCCAGGUUCUGCCUGCUGCGUGGGGAUACGCCACCCACAUCGCACAGGGGCAGCUGCGAUGGCACCAAUGUCGCCAUACAGAUGUUGCCAUGGGCAGCCACACGCCACAUGCCUGCCUGCGCCCUGCCUUCACCCAGGGAGGUGCUGGCACUUCCCGGUGGCACGAGAAGAGCUGCAGCUGGGGACAAGCUGAAGUCACCUCCAGCAUGGUGCUGCCGCUGCCUGCUUGCUGUAAGGAGAGCAGCAGGUGGGGUCCCUCCCCAGGGUUUUGGGGUGCAGGAGGAGACACUUGUCCCUGGGAGGAUGACAAGCUCAGCCCCUGCUUAGCUCCACCUGCCAUGGAGAGACAGAGGAGGGCCCGGCUGACCAAGGCAGAGACCCAGAGCAAAGCACCAUGUCCUCUGAACAGCGGCCAAAGAGGCUGAUGGACCUGAACCAGCAGGAAGGGGAUGAAGAAACCAUGUGGCCUCUGAUGGGCGACGACAGACCCCUGCCUGCACCCCAGUACGGCUCCCUGACCCUGGGGCUCGCCCUGGCCGGCGAGAGCAAUCUCAGGAGCACGGCGUGAGCACGAGGCUCACCUACCCCUCCAGCCAGGGGCACGGGGGGUGACGGCGGCAGGGGGCAGUACCCUCGUGUGUGGCAUUUGCCCCAGCAGCUUUUGCAGCCCGUACCCAGCCAAUUCCUGGCAGCGGCGAGCAACGCCUGUGCCGGCCGUCACGUCCCAUUCCGCUCGCCGGGCCGCCCGGUGAGAGAAGGACACAGGAUGCGCCGGGAGUGAAAGAGCGAGGUCGGCGGGGAGCGUGCCAAGUCCCCGCGCACAGCUCCGGGCCGCUCGGGGAGCCAGAGGGAAACUCGCCUUUGCAGAGUUCAGAGGCCGGCAGCGAGAUUUAUUUUUGUUUGUGUGAGUAAAAGGCUGCAGAAGCCUCCGGCCAAGGGGUUUUGGGGGAGAGAGGAGUGGCCUGUGAUUCAUGCGGAGGCUGGCUGGCCCCUCGCCAGAGAUGAAAGGGAGCCCAUGUGCGGGGAACCGGGAGGCGAGUGCGGUGUUAACCCUUCUGCCGGUGCGUGGGGCACGGUCCUGUGGGGAGGACCGAGAGCGUGGGGGAUGCGGAUUGGGAUGCCCACAUCUGGGGCCUGGCUUCUGUGCCACCACCACGGCCAGGAACGAGCUGCUGGUCCCGCUGUGCCUCAGUUUCCCCAAUGUGAGGACCGGGAGACGGUGGCCCACGUGCCCUGGAGUCUGAAGAAGACCCUGGGGAGAGCGGCGCGGUUCAAACUGCAGAGGUACAGCCUCAAUGGCCCAGGUGCUUUAGGAUGGCCACAUUUUAGCCUUGUCUUAUUGGGGUUAAACACACUGCAUGGCUUGGUGGCACUGCUGGAGGUGGCAGGGGACCUCUGAGGCCGGGGGGGUCCCUGCUCCCCCCAGGGCCAGGCAGCCUCCCCUCUCCUGCCUCCUGCACCCGCACACUGCAGCCAUCAGAGCUGCUCCCACCUGCAGCCCUCUGUCCGUCCUGCUGCUCUGGCCAGGGGGGCUUCUCCCAGGAGCUGCAGCUUCUCCCUGGAGCUGGGGCUUCUCCCUGGAGCUGGGGCAUCUCCCAGGAGCUGGGGCUUCUCCCUGGAGCUGGGGCUUGUCCCAGGAGCUGGGGCUUGUCCCAGGAGCUGGGGCUUCUCCCUGGAGCUGGGGCUUGUCCCAGGAGCUGGGGCUUGUCCCAGGAGCUGGGGCUUCUCCCUGGAGCUCGGGCUUGUCCCAGGAGCUGGGGCUUCUCCCUGGAGCUGGGGCUUGUCCCAGGAGCUGGGGCUUCUCCCAGGAGCUGGGGCUUCUCCCUGGAGCUGGGGCUUCUCCCUGGAGCUGGGGCCUCUCCCUGGAGCUGGGGCUUGUCCCAGGAGCUGGGGCUUCUCCCAGGAGCUGGGGCUUCUCCCUGGAGCUGGGGCUUCUCCCAGGAGCUGGGGCUUCUCCCUGGAGCUGGGGCUUGUCCCAGGAGCUGGGGCCUCUCCCAGGAGCUGGGGCUUCUCCCAGGAGCUGGGGCCUCUCCCUGGAGCUGGGGCUUCUCCCAGGAGCUGGGGCUUCUCCCAGGAGCUGGGGCUUCUCCCUGGAGCUGGGCCGGAGCCGGAGGUGGCUCCCCCGGCUGCCCCAGCUGGUGGCAGCACUGAGAGCAGACACUCCUGCACACACGGUCCCCAAUUCCCAGCUCAUCCAUCAGCUGGGAUCACCUGGGGGAUUCCUCGGAAGCCGAUGUCCGGCUGAGGGCUUCCAGUGGGCACAGGGGACCAGUGCCCCCAGAGCCAGCCCAGCCGGUGGUACCUUCUGCGGAGUGCCAGGGGGGACACCUGAGGGUCCCACCACAAGCACAGGACAGGAUGACGCUCCGCAUGGACCCCUGGGGCUCCGCACACGGACCCCAGGGCUCCUCUGCCCCUGGUGCCGGGCUAGCAGAGAGGCCUGGAGCCGAAGCUCAGCAGAGGUGAGUGCCCCACUGCUUUCGGGAUGGGUCACAUGGGGUCACACCUCUCUGCCAGGACGGAUGGGCUGUCACCAUCCUGCCACCACUUCUGCUGCCCCGACCCGCUCUCCAACCGCGGGGACACCCGGCGCCGCUGCCCCUUCCAGCCCCGCGUGCUCCGCGGGAAUCGGAGGCGGAUUUUCCAGGGCUGAGAACAAUGCCUCUGUAGUCUCCUGCUCGAGGGCUUCCUCCUCCCAAGGCUCGUCUUCCUCAGGAGUAAACGUGCCCUGUGCCUGGUAGCAAAGCGGGGCCGCCGCCGUGGCGGAGCCGCCGUGGGUGGGUGUGCAUCUUCCGCAGCCAGCAGGCACCCGCUCCCAGGCAGGUGCGUGUCGGCGCGUGUGCACCCGCGGCAUUGUUCCUGCGCGCCGAGGAGAGCGUGAAUGGGAUACGGCUAUAUUUAGCCACUUACUCACACUACCGCCACAAAGGAGCGGCUGCAUCUUAAGGGGGCGGCCGUUCCGUGGGCUCAGAAGGGACAGGAGAGCGGCUAUUUUGGGAAGACAUGUCAUAAUUGGCCGCCCCGGUUAAGCUGCUUCUGUAAUGCUGAGCAAAACAAUAGCAGCAUCCAGAGGAAGAGCCUGUUAUGUUUCAGGUGGGAUGUUUUCAACCGGUCAGGAAACCCGACCGCUCCCAGCGCACAGCCGCGGCACAAAGGACAGGGGACGCCGAACAGCAUGGACCAAGGGCCUGGCCAAGCAGCGGGGGUGGCUGGGAGCAGGCGGCAGGACCCGGGGCCGGCAGGGGACAGCUUUGCCCGAGAACGCUGCCGGCCCCGGCAGUGCCACUGAUGCCUCCCCUUGUCCACCUGCCUGCCUGGCCUCUCAUCUCUCCAAAUACCUGGACAGCACCCAGGUACGUGCCUGGUCUUUCACCUCGCCCCAAUGCAUCGCUGCUGUCACCAGGCUGCGACAUGGGGCUGGCAGGCGGUUCUGUCCCCAUCUGGGCAAGUGGUGAGGGCAGCGGCAGGCUGGCAGUGGA